CAAGUCUUGUCCUGUCUCUCGGGAUUGACCCACUUGAAUGUUAGGGAGGUGUACAUGAUGGUCCAGACAGGACGAAGUAAGCAAGCAAGACUAAUUAAGGAAUUUAAUAUACAGCAUUGUUUUAUCUUCUUCAGAGAUGAUGGAAAGUUUGGGUGUCGUGAGCGUUACGGUGGUCCAACCUCAGACUUCAGAGUAAAUGAGGGCUACAAACCAAAUGUUAAACUCAACUACAUAGAUAAUGAUGGACACGUACUUAAUGCAAAGGAGGCUUUCGGAUACCUGUCUCAUGAAUUUCAUGGAAAGGGACCUGGCAAAAAUAAAGUGGAGAAGCAAAGGAAGAAAACCGAACUGGAGGGA